UCGCGAUAUCGGUGGAGUGGUUGACGGGCAGUCGAGGUUGCAGCAGGCUGAGGGAGACGGUGGAAGGUAAGCAGGGAGGCAGCAUCAUGGCGGACAGAGACAGUGGUAGUGACCAGGGAGGACUGGCCACAGGCCCCGGCUUGCUGCCUCCGGGCGCGAUGGGCGCCGCGGCAAGACUGCAACACGACACCGAGGAGCUCGCAUCGAAGCGAGUCGACAUCCAGAAUAAGCGCUUCUACCUUGACGUGAAGCAAAAUGCGAAAGGCCGCUUCCUAAAGAUAGCCGAGGUCGGAGCUGGGGGAAAUAAGAGCCGCCUUACUCUAUCUAUGUCAGUGGCAGUGGAAUUCCGCGACUAUCUCGGAGACUUCAUCGAACAUUACGCUCAGCUGGGCCCAAGCAACCCUGACAUGGUGCAAGAUGAACCCCGGAGGGCCCUCAAGAGCGAAUUUCUAGUACGAGAGAAUCGCAAAUAUUACAUGGAUCUGAAAGAGAACCAGAGGGGGCGGUUCCUCAGGAUCCGUCAGACCGUUAAUCGGGGGCCCGGAUUGGGAAGCGCACAAGGCCAGACCAUCGCACUUCCAGCACAGGGACUUAUCGAGUUUCGCGACGCUUUGGCCAAACUCAUCGAUGAUUACGGUGUGGACGAGGAUCCGGCCGAAUUGCCUGAAGGCACAUCGUUAACUGUUGACAACAAGCGUUUUUUCUUCGACGUGGGUUCCAACAAGUACGGGGUGUUCAUGCGGGUCAGCGAGGUGAAGCCUACCUACCGAAACUCCAUUACGGUUCCGUGCAAAGUGUGGUCCAAAUUCGGCAACACGUUCUGUAAAUAUACAGAGGAGAUGAGAAAGAUCCAGGAACGGAGUAGAGAGAAACGGGCCUCUGAACUCCUACCAGAGGGCCAACAUGGUGACGACGGGGACGAUGAUUGAUGGAUUACCGGCUAGAGCAGAAAUAGAUAGGCCCAAAUGGGCUAACAACAAACAACACAAACUUUAUAAUCAGACUUUUACUGUAAAAUAAAGAGAGAAUUCCAAGGGAAUCAUCCCACACACAACCUUCAAAGACUGGCAGUACUAUUUCGUCACUCAUACCUGGAUGUCACCCACUUACCAACCAUUUUAACAACGAGGCCGUCAGAUCAUGUCCUCUAUAACAGCAGCAGCAGCACUUCUAAUGUGAGCAUGGAUAGUCAUCGGGACCCAGAUCUUCUGUGGUUAUUGAUCUGGAUUUCGUCUAUCAGAUAGCAUUAAAUUAAUUUAAAUAGAAUGUGUUGAAUGGAAGAGUAAUUAAGUUGAAUAGGGACUCGGUCAUAUUUAUACGCAUUCAAUCCUGUCUGAUUGGUGAAAUCCGGAUAACUUUCGAAAAACUGGGCCCAGAGAUGUGGGGUUGAGUCUGUCCACCUCUUGCACCAUGUCAAAACAGAUGGUUUGUAACUGGGAUGUUUACAUUGUCAGUGGAUGGGGAUGAGAAGAUGGAUGCCCUGAGAGCCCCAUCUGAGGUCAUCUGGAUGUAGGCUAAAGGCCAAGGCAGUAUCUAUCUAUGGUGCUAAAGCCCCAAUAUUAUGAAACUUAGAUCGGGCUUAUCGGUCUAAUUUGUCACUUUGCAUUAUUUUAUUUCUCAAAGUUACUCUCCAAGUUAUGUUGUCUGAGCAGCAGUCUUCGCCUACACGGGAUGAUGACAGUGACGACAUUACAUUAUAGUGUGCAAUAUUGCACGUUGCAUAUUGUAUGUUGUAUAGACAAAAAAGAAAAGCAUGAGACUGAAUUCUGAAUUAUUAAUGAAAUGUGAAGUCUUCUGUCAGCACAAGUAGGAUUUUCCAUAACUUUCUUAUCUGGUAACUACAAUGUUUUUCGGUGAGUGUAGACACAUUUCUGGUGUUCCUCUUUCCACAGAAUCACUACAGUGACAUCUCCCGCUACUUCCCCCUUCACAAAUCAUCAGGGCAACCUACUCUGUCAUCGAUUUGUAGACGUUGAGUAAUUUUUACAAAACCUUUCUCCUUCCAUCCUGGUGUAGUCUAUGGAAGUGGAAAGUUCAGAUACUACUCAACCAUUCUGCCAGUUACCAGUCACCACUCCGACAGUAAAUAAAAUGCCAUAGAGCUUCAAUUUCUUUAAGCGUCGAUGAACAAUCAGUCCACUAGGUUAACCGUCCGACAACCAGGCGGAUUUAGUGCAUCAGUGAGGUGCUCAGAUUAGCUCAACAGACAGUAACCUACUGCCCUGUGCCGCGCUGCCCUAAGGCUGGCACGAUUUUCAAGUCAGGAGGAGCAGUUGUAGAUAGGUGUGCUAUAAUUCCACCAGACUGUUGGAGUUAGAAGUGUAUUAAAGAAGGACGGAGAUAUGUGGGGAUCUUUAUAGGCAUCCUACUAUUAGUCUCCCACCUUCGGAAUAUGAUAUUCCCUGCCACUGCCCUAGUGUCACAGAGCCUCUAUCUUCACCGAGGACAGUUUACCUGCUGCAUUCUGCCCCACACAUAUAGAACACAUUUGAGAUCAGAACUCCUGUCACACCUGUACUAUCGCUGUGAAAAAUCCAGUGCUCUUUCUACACAGUACAGGGCUGACAUGAAUCAGGUCUUGAAUAUGACAUAUAAAGACAGGAAACUCAAUACGCAUUUCUGCCACUCUCACUGGCCAAUCCUGAAGAAGCUACUCAUUAAGUUUGCACUUCACGUUUGUAUCUCUCGCUCUGUAAAACGCAAGUGUGUGAGAAAAAAACAAAAGCAAAGCAAAAGUUCUUAUUUUUGUCAAUUUAAAAGGUGCUACUUGGUCCGUUCUUAUUCCGGAGAAGAGUGGUUAUGUGUACUAGAUUCUAGAACACUGCCUAUUAUAAAAAAGUGUUUGGUCAGAACCAACUGCCACAGUCCUAAGUGGAUGACUUCGCCAUGUUGCUCACAUUGCACAGUUAAUCAAUGAGGCACAAAAUGGAGGUCAGGUGUUUUUGUCCCAGAAUCAAAAUCUGCAGUGUGUUGAUGGAAACUGUGCAACAGCAUGGUUCAAUAUAACAUGGGUGAUGGUGGUAGUGAUGGUGCUUGUGCGGUUUGAAUCAGAGAGAUGUCUUUAAAUGUAUUAAUUAUUAGAGGUGCUUUGUUCUUACUUGUACUAGUACUUAAUUAACAGUGGGAAUGUGUAUUCUCUGACCAGUGAUCUUAACAACCGCUGCAUGACCAUGGGUUUUGCAGACUCUACCAGUACCCUGGGAACUCCAUGUUCCUAGCCAAUAUCUAAGGAGGUCCUCUAGAAUCCCUCCCACUAGAAUUCCAAAACAGAUUCUAACUUUCAUUCUACCAAGCUGUUCAAGCGUUUUUUUUCCUUCAGAUCAACUGAAACCAUUUGUUAUUAUGCCGCUAUAACUUUUUGCAGGUCCUUCAAUAUUCAACCAAUCACACUCAAACAGUCUAUAAUGAGGAGCGAGGCCAAUCACAACCUUUUGUGAAGCCAACAGUCAUUUUGACCAUCAUUAGCUCAGAACACAUUAUGUUUUGCACAUACAAACGCAGAGUUCAUAUAUGCAGACUGUAUAGGUUACUGUUAUGUACAGGGAGAAGACACUGUGAGAAGUGUUUUGUAAAGUCAAUGAGGAGGUUGUAGGUCAAUGCACAACAAACAUAUCCCAUGUCACCAUGUGGUCUAUCUACCCCUUUAUCAACCCUGUAUGAUAUGUUGUACCUUUCAAAAUAUUUUAUCUGUGGUGUGUGUUUGUGUGUGAGAGUGUGUGUGCGUGUGUGUGUGUGUAUAUAUGGUUUGUUAUAUAUGAUGCUCCUUUCAGAAAAAAAUAUACCAUAAACAGGAAAAGCAUAUUGCAGUUUUUUUUUCCUUUGUAUUUUAUACUUACAGAAAGCAUUGAAUAAAAAUGGAUACAUACUUGCACUUUAGAUAUAUUAAGAAAAUAAAAGAUCUGCAUAUUAUUUUUGAUAGGGAUCUCACAUUCAAAGAGUAUACAUUACUUUCCAGGCUGGACAUAGAUAUAUGGAGUUCUACUUAUUGAAGUAUAUUUUGUCUGUGUUUAAGAAGGUUUACUAAAGUAAAAUGCAUGAUAAAGUAGUGCUACACCAAUAUUGUUAUUUUUUAGUUGGUAAAAUGUCUGAAAACUGUGAUAACAAUCCACAUGUACCAUGUUUAACUUCUCCCAUACAUUGUAGAGUAGUUUCUACUGAAUUAUGGCCUUUCCUGAUUAUAUGACGAUGGUGCUUAAUUUGGCUUAGAAAUAUCGGCUCAUCCUACAUUUGAUCAUCACAACUUGCAUCUUACUGUACUUCAUUACUUUGUUUAUGUACUUUCACUACCUUAUUAAAUUUCCGUUGAUGGCAAAACGUGUGCUGUUUUGUAUGUUGUUGUUUUAAUGUUGGAAAGCCUUUGUCGUCUGAAAAUGACUAAUUGCAAUAAAGUCAUUCCUCAUGUU